AUGGGAUUCUUCGAUCCGCUAGGCCUGCUAGCGCCCUUCACAGUCCACGGAAAAAUUCUGGUGCAGGAUCUGUGGCGCACUGGUUGUGCUUGGGACGAGAAAGUUGAUGAACGAUGUUGGACGAAGUGGAAGAGGUGGAUCGAGUUGCUUCCGGACGUAGAAAACAUACAAAUUCCUCGCUGCUAUUUCGGUGAUUCGCUGUCGUCAGCAGUAGAGUCGCUGGAGUUACACAUAUUUGUCGACGCCAGUGAAUACGCAUACGGCUGCGUCGGCUACCUGCGUGCGGUCGUUGAGGGCACCGUGCGCUGUUCUUUAAUAAUGUCGCGUUCCAAGGUAGCGCCACUAAAGCGGCAGUCAGUUCCACGUUUGGAAUUAAUGGCGGCCGUGCUGGGUGCCUGA